GUUUCAGUACCGGGAAAGGGAGCGCAGUGGAGGCAGCUGGGGAGAGCAGGUGCCCAAGGAUAAGGAUUGUAUGAAGCUGGAUGAAGGGGCUGCUCACCAGGAGACCAAGUUAUGAGCCAGAGGUACAAAGGAUAGAGUGGGAUACAGGAGCUGCCAUACCACCCACCAACCUAAAUGGUCACUGACCUGUUAUCUCAUGUGCCUCCACUCUGCCAGGGGACAUACCAUCCUGCCUUUGCCCAAUAUACACUUUAUUUUCCCCUUUCUCCCCAUGGCAUGGGUACCACUCCCCUGAGGGCAACAAUGUUCAAAGCCCUUUGACAGAUACCUACCAACACCCGAAUUUGUUUCGUAAGUGAUACUUUGUACCGUACUGGGAAGGUGUCCCCCAGCCAUGAAUCAGCCGACUGUCAUCUUAUUCCUACUGGCACUUACCCUGCACUAUGGAUUCUGCACAGUCACUUGCACUGGGAACCUGAGUUGCAGAUCGUCUGAUAUGUGGUGCCUACCUGGUGAUCAGUAUGAACCCCAUUCGCCUGUCUUGAUUCCAACACACAUGAGUUCCAAGACAGUGUUCCACUGCACAUCUGAAAACAACUGUAUUCCCUGUGUGGUGGUGAAGCUGGAGGUGUCACUUACCUAUCUAACAGAGGGAAUGGAAAAACUAGAAGGGGAAGGCUGUGAUGGCUAUGAUAAAGAUGAUGAUGAUGAAGAUGAUGAAGAUGAAGAGGAGGAGGAAGAUGAUGAAGAAGAAGAAGCUUCAAGUGACAGUCGAUAUUUAGACACUGGAUUACACAGUAACGAUUCAUUCAUCUGUGCCAACUUCUUCAUAUCCCUUAACGGUCCCCACAGCAGUUCCUGUGUCAUGGUGGAAGUACGCAUGCCCAUAUCUUCUAUACCUCCCAGUCAGCAUACAGGCCCUGUGCAAGUGGGUGAACUAGAAUAUGACUGCUUUAGAGGACACCUAAGUGAGGACUUGAUUAUAUUGGCAUACACUGUGCCAAGGUUCCACAAUAUACUGCAAAUCAACCAUUCUAUGCCAGGGUGCUCAGACCUGGAAGAUCCAAAUAAAGUGUCUCCCUGCUAUGUGCCACUUAUGGAUAUCAUCCAUGGAAAGACAAAUACCUCUAUAGGGAUAGUAAAUGGCUCUAGGAACAAUACCUUUACAUUGGAAACAACUUAUGGAGAACAAGUUCAUUGGACGGUUCGGCAAAUUUUGAAUGGAGAAGAGCGUGUCAUUGUUCUACAUGAAGAUAUUGUGCCGUGCAUGUGUUUUAAAGUGUCAUGGAGCAAUGUCUUGGAUGCAUUAAAGAACCCAGCAUGUCCAUUUGAAGAAGCAUUGCAAUAUGAAGAAAAUAUAUGGAAGAACAGUAACCUCACCCUAAGCCUGAAGAAUUCCAAAUUGUUGUAUACACUGGAGGUGUGGUGCCCUGUGGUGGUUGAGAUUUCACUGUGCUGGAGAAAUGGGCACCAAGCUGACUGCCAUGAAAUUCCAGGCUCCAAGAGUAACAUUAAGGCACAGCGCAUCACUGAAGAAGCCAAAGGCCUUCAUUCUUUUCAGCAUUCUAUUUGUGUCCAGGUCAAAUAUAAGAAUAAAACCUGGCACACAAAUUGCACCGAUAAUAUCAGAGAUUUUCAGAGCUCCGUGGGCAAGAACACUUUCCUUAUAGCUGUCUCAAACAGCUCACAUGCAGAUGCAUCUUUCUGCAUUGUUUGGAGGAACACAUGUCUGGCUUUGAACAGCACAACACUCCAGGAGCUGCAUGGGGUUACGUCUCUGGAGAUGAAAAUACUGCAGGAGUUCAACUCUGGGCAGUGCGAGCUGGUCUGGAGAGGAAACAACAAAGAGGUGGCCUAUGUCUGCUCAUUGGAUAAAUAUAUGCGAAAGAGAUGGAACUUGGCCUGGAUUCUGUGCCUCACACUCCUGUGCUGUGCCCUCUUUGUCCUGUUACUGAAAAGAAAGAGAGUGAAACAGUGGUUGAAGAAAAUGGCAACUGACAAGCCUCAUGAUGACGUGUUCCAGAAGAGGAGGGUACUCAUACUUUACUCACCGGAUUACCCUUCCUAUGGAAGUCUGGUAAAUGCCCUGGCAACUUCCUUACAAGAACUGAGUCUGACAGUUAUGCUGGAUCAAUGGCACCGUAUCCAGAUGUGUGAACUGGGUGCCAUUUCAUGGUUCCACCAGGAAAGAUCCCGUAUCUAUAAGGAAAAUGGUAUCAUUAUUCUGCUUUUCUCUGAAGGAGGCAAACAGAUAUUUAAUGACGGGGCGCACCAGAACUCCCAGCAUAGAUUCAGACAGGACCCCUACAGCACAUUUGGCUCCAUACUAAACUGUGUGUGUCCGGAUUUCCAAGAAGGGGAGGCCCCUGGACACUAUGUGGUGGCAAGCUUCGAUCUCCUACCUACAGACAUCCCGCAGAUUUUCCAUUCCGUCCCUGUUUUAAGUUUGCCUUCACAGCUCACACAUUUACUGAAGGAGCUGGCAGGGAAGAACAAAAAUAAACUUGGCAAAAAUCAGCUUCACAGACUCUCUACUAAUGUCAGUAGGAACUUGCAGAGAUCCAUAAAUGAGUGGCAACGUAAUAGCCAGUCACCUUCCAUAUCAGAACAUUCUGACAGUCACAUGUUAAUGCCUUCUACUCCCAAUAGAAGUUUGUCAGUGGAAAUGCAUCCACUCAUUUGAGCUGCUUCCAGGGUGCGGACUGUGACAGUGUUUGUACUAAUCCCUGGACUGUUGUACAGGAAACAAGGCAUGGUGUGAGCCUGAGGAUUUUGGGGCUCAAAAUGACACCUUGGGGUGCCUUGGAAUACAUGUAUACAAGUACUAUGAAGGCUUGUAUCUUUAAAGAGGAAACUGACCCAGUUUAAAAGUAGGAUUUAACUUCCCUGUUAAACUGUAUAUAGUAUUUAUUAUAUGCACAGAGCAAUUGUUGUACUGGGUUCCUUGGUUCAGGCAGGCAACAGAAUAGUACUAUUGUUUAUGGCCAUUAGGUGAUGUCCUGUACAGAUUUAUCUGCUCAUGUAUCUGACCUGACUGGGCCACCCAUCAGGGCCAAUCGGAUCACAAUAUGGACCUGUACAGGAAAUAACUGCAUCACAGGGCCACCGCAGCCUUUCCUGACUGAUAUAUAGAUAUUGGUAGGAAAGGCCAAUGGUGUGGCCCCAUAGACAAUUCGGUAAAUGACUGAUUCGAUCUGGAGUGGCCCAAAUUGUCAGCUAAAGUAGCUUAUAAAGGCUGCAUAGCCAGUGCAUUCCCCAGUGUGUACCUUUGCUGUAAAUACAGAGAAAUAAUGUUAUAGGUAUAAUAUGAUCUUUACAACCAUACCUACAGUAUGUAUUUAGGAAACUAUUUGGCUGGUCCCACUCAUGUGGUUAAUGAAAUUAAUGAGAGAUGAACCCAACUAUGUGUGUUUAAUAAUCAUGUUACUACUGAUAGCACUGGACUCAUUUCCAUUUCCAGGGAUUUGAAAUCAUGUCUGUGACAUUACUGGAAUAUGAACAUUUGAAUAAAGCUGAUCACUACUAAAACAGUUCUCCAUAUUAAUAACAGGAAAGUCAAACCCACUGGGAGCAGAGAGUGGGAGAUGUUGUGUCUGUUUCAUGUAUCCCAGCUAUCAGUUGCUGCUGUGAUUGGGAAGAAGUGCCACAGCCCUAACAGUCCGGAGGAAAUUUAGGGCCAUGAUAUCCAUUUUAAUUCCUCUUUCUUAUAAAGGCCGUGUGUAAUAGAAAAGUGGAUGUAUUUUUAAUUACAGUUCAUUGUUUUUUAAAAAUAAAAGCUAAAUAAAUCAAA